AUGAGGGUAAUUGGGAGGGUGCUAACAAAUGGAUUGUACAAAGGUGUGAAUUACACAAACAGCUCACCCACCUUAUCCAUUUUUUUGCAACGAAAUGCUCUUUCAUUUCCAAGGACCAUACCACAUAUGCAUUGGAUAAGACUCUGCUCAACGAUGAUAAGCUCGCCAUCUAGUUGGGUUGAACCACUGCCAUUUAGUCCGAUAAUUCAGCCUGUCGCGGGAUGGGAAUUUUGGCGUUCGAUAACCGGGUCUUCAUGUCGUGCGAGGAUGGCGUUACUUCAUACGGUUUGCGUAGCCUCUAUGAAAAGAGCGGAAGGGCAGACACUGGCUCGUCGCUCAGCUUAUCGCCAUCUCCCAUUUCGAAGUUUGAACGACGAUCUUGCUCAUCACGAUGAAGACGACGGCUGCGAUGAUUAUAUGACCACGACUACAUUAAUGACAGCGAGACCGACAACUCGGAUUCGUUCUUCAGUUAGAGCUUUCACAUUCCGAUCCAGCUGGGCUACAGAACAAACGGAAAUCUCCACUCAAAAAAGAGACCUACCCAUAUAUCCCUCUGCACCCGAACCAAAGUCACCUGUCGUUCGCUCAAAUGGGCCCUCUACAUUGGAGAACCCCAAUCUUGUGAUUACGCCUGCCUUUCACGCCCAUCUUACUCCGAGUUCUAAAGCCGGUCGCUUGUUCCAGCAGUUGUCGGCAAAGCACAAGGGUACGAAGUGUUCAUUGGGUCCCACUGUCACUAUGUGCCAUUCCAAUAUCCGCGACGAAAGCAUCCACUUACGAUAUUUCACCUUUAAUUGUGCCUCUCCUCCCGUACUCUCGCCAUAA